AUGGAUCAAUCUGCAUUCCGCGCCCUCCUCUCGUCGAGCAACAAACCGAGUGGGACGAGCAGUGGUAAAGCCGCGUCGACACCCAGGUUUGGCGCCCCGCCUCCCAAACGAUCCGCUGCUGCAACCGCGCCUGCUCUCCACGAGUCAGUCGACCACACAGACUACAGCUCGACCGAAAAGCCACUUACACCGCUCUCCCGCUCUCCCGAUCACAGCCCCACAGCGUCAACAAGCUCAACCGAGUUCAAGCCGCGCAACCAAAAAGACAAGUCCAAGUACAAGCACAAACAGGCCGAGGCCGACGAAGCCAAGUCCAGUUCGGCUUCGGCUUAUAGGGAUCGAGCCGCCGAACGCAGGACGGGAGCGAGGCAUGAUUUCGCCGAUGCGGAGAAGUUGCUGGAGGUGGGUGGGCCAUCGAUCACCGCACGACGAGUGGGCAGGCAGCGCCGGCCGAGAGUUGACGCCGAGUUUCGACCUCCCAGGACUUUAAAGCGCGUGUAGGCGUCGAUGACGGUCUCACAAAGGAUGAAUUGGAAGAACAGAUGAAGUACCUCGUGCGUUUCACUGCGCUCUGCGGGGCACUCCCCCUUCAGAAGCUCACCCGAUCCGGCCUGGAUAUGUGCAGGGAGGCGACGCCGAACACACCGUGCUCGUCAAAGGACUCGACAUGGCCCUCUUGGAACGCAUGAAAGCACAACAAGCCGCAGGUGCGGACCAAUCCCUCGAAGACGUCGAAGACGAACUUGAUCUCGUGCUGGCAGACAAAGCGAAGAAGGCAGAGGAGAAGAAGAAGCGCACGAGGGACGAUUUGAUCGCCGAGCUGAAGGCUUCGAAAGGGGGCAGUAAAAGUGAUCGGCCUGCUGCAGGUGGGCAGAGCGUGAAGGAUCCGAGAUUCAAGCCUGUUGGGUUCAAGCCGAUCGGGCACGAUUCAGAGACCGAACCCAAGAAGAAGAAGAAAAAGAAGAAGGUCAAGGUCGCUGAACAGGUCGCGACGGCUGGCGACGCGGCGGCGUCGGCAUCUGAAGUGUCGAAACCUCUGCCGAUACCUCCACCGACCAUCGAUGUCGAAGCCGAUGACGAUCUAGACAUAUUUGGGGACGCUGGAGAAUACAAGGGGCUCGACACCGAUUCAGACGACAACGACAACCAUGAGGCCACUGCAGCCAGGAAGGAGCCCACCUUCGAGCAGACAGCUGCACCUCCAGGGAACGCGACAGCCGCGGUCAAGAGGAGUUACUUUGAUGACGAGGAGGAAGACGAGGACGUUGAACGCUCAACCGCACCCGACUCGGUAACAAAUCUCGCCAGCUCGAAACAGCCGGCGGUGAAGAUGACGGAUUCGAAUGCGAUUAUGGGAGAAGGAGAGGAAGAGGAAGAGCAGCGACCGAUGCGGCUUCAGCCUUUAUCGAAGUCGGCGAUUCCGAAUGUCAAGGAGCUGUUGGCGAUGGAUGCGGCUGCUGAGAAGGAAGAGAAGAGGAAGGAGGUAAGUCUUGAUCGGUUGUCGUUUAUCACUUGACGAAAGGGAAUUGGGUGUCUGACCCUUCGCGAUGUCUCUCAUCUCAGCGCAAGCAACAUUACCAAAUGAAGGCCGCCGACAAGAAGGAAGCUACACUCAAAGCCAUGACAUCGCAACAGCGGGCCGAGCACGAACACCAGGUCAUGAUGACCUACCUGGAGAAGAAAGAGCGGAGGGCCAAAGGGGAGAGCACGAAGGAAGAUGAGGAGGACGAUGAUGUCGCGAAUGGAGGGUUUUGA